AUGAGUAAAUGGGCAUCCCUCAGCCGUGGUGGGCCACAGCCGCCACAAGAAAACAUCGAUAAAUGGGAGAGAGCUGUCAAUGAAAACGAUCCCUCCAUCCUUACCACCGAAGAUCGUCUGAGAAUGCUUCGCCGAUGGCCUUUAGACCAAGCAAAUUAUUACUGCAACUUUUACCUUGAAUGUACUAUCGACGAGCUUGUUCAAAAGGCCGCCAGAGCAGAUGGCCAGGAGAGUCUCACCGAGGCCGAGGCGAUUAUUGUUCUCAACACUCCUUUCGGCGGCUGUAUCCCGGAGGAUCAAAAACAUCUGGCAAAUCAAAAUCGGUGGUCCCAGAAUACAAAGACGAAGUUCGAUAAUGCCUUUGACUUGAUUCUUACGGAGAUGGAUACAGAGAAGAGAGCGCGUGCGAAUGCCGAUAUUGCUUUUGAGCGGAUCAAAGAUACCAGGAGGGCCGAAUCCAAGAAUUUCUCCAAAGAUGAACUCAUCAAUAUUGUGGGGUGCAAUGCGAUAGGAUGGGUCGACAAACUCGAAAAACAUCUGGAAGAGCAUCCCGCGUGGGGAUUUGUGUGCGUACGGACUUCGUUCGGCGAUGACUCAUGGGAGAAGUUCAAGGAAUUCUUCGUUCAUGCUACUGAAUCUGCACUGGUAUUCCCUCGGAACUUCCAUAGUAUUCGCCCGCGAUGGAAGAUACACUACUUCCGACGUCUUUGCGAAGAGAACAAAGUUGAACCAGGCCUCCGCCACGACGCAUUUCUCUAUGCCAAUGCAGAAGCCAUCGAGUCAGUCAUAUCCUUUCCGGUCUUGCCAUCGCCAGCAUUCGUCAUGGCUGCAGAGGCAGCCUAUGAUGGAACAGGUCCAGAGCUUCCACUCGUGCAACAAGCCUACACUGGCUCAGUGCGAAUUGCCAUACCGCAUGUUUAUACGACAUUCUGGGCGAGAUUAAUCUCGACGGAAGAGGACAUACGGGGGAAAUCAUCACCCAUGCAGCAGACCUGGGGGAAGAUUUUUGCGAAAGCAAAAAUCACCCAUGAAAAGACAUACCCAAUAAAGUCCUUUUUCAUGGAGGUCUAG